AUGGUAGCUAAGUACGUCAUCGUCCUCGCCCUGGCCGCAGUGGCCUCCGCCGGCAUCCCCGUCGCCCAAGUAGCGUACGCGCAGCCCGAAGCUCCCGCGCACUACGAGUUCCAGUACUCAGUGCAGGAUGGACACUCCGGAGACGUGAAGCAGCAGCAGGAGUCCCGCGCCGGAGACGCCGUUCAUGGCUCGUACUCUCUGGUGCAGCCUGAUGGCGUGCAGCGCAUUGUGGACUACACUGCCGACGCGGUGCACGGAUUCAACGCCAACGUGCGAUACGAGGGUCACCCUGUCGCCACUUCCGCUUCCGCUAGAGUAGCCUACGCCGCACCCGUAGCCAGGGCCGCCUACGCCACUCCCGUGUCCUACGCCGCUCCCGCUAGAGUAGCGUACUCAGCUCCGAUCUCCUAUGCCGCACCCGCAGCCAGAGUUGCGUACGCCGCUCCCCUCGCUCAAUUCGUCAUCGUCCUCGCCUUGGCCGCGGUCGCCUCCGCCGGCAUCCCCGUCGCACAAGUAGCGUACGCGCAGCCCGAAGCUCCCGCGCACUACGAGUUCCAGUACUCAGUGCAGGACGGCCACUCCGGAGACGUGAAGCAGCAGCAGGAGUCUCGCGCCGGAGACGCUGUCCACGGCUCGUACUCUCUGGUGCAGCCUGACGGUGUGCAGCGCAUUGUGGACUACACCGCUGACGCGGUGCACGGAUUCAACGCCAAUGUACGCUAUGAAGGACACCCCGUCGCUGCCCCCGCUCCCGCUAGAGUGGCCUACGCCGCUCCCGCUAGAGUAGCCUAUGCCGCUCCCGUGUCCUACGCCGCUCCGGUCGCUAGAGUAGCUUACGCCGCUCCCGUCUCCUACCCCGCUCCUGCAGCCAGAGUUGCGUACGCCGCUCCCCUCGCUCAAGUAGCGUACUCCGCUCCAAUCUCCUAUGCCGCACCCGCAGCCAGAGUUGCGUACGCCGAUCCCCUCGCCCAGGUCUCAUACUCUUCUCCCGCUGUCUCCUACCACCACUAA